GACAGCUCGCUGCUCGCUUCACCUCCAGCCAAGCCUUCCACAUGAGCCAGCCAAGCCUUGCCUCCCCACCAGGAUGAAGAAAGAAAGGAACACGCAUGCUUUACUGUUUCUCCUCCUGCUUGACUCCACUUUGGCAAGGCAAUUGGACUAUGCUCCACAUUUCUAUGAUUAUGGACCCAGCAGUACACAUGGGAACAUGGCCUUGUUCAGCAUCUCUGAGGAUACACCAGUUGGGACACAGAUAUACGUUCUGAAUGGCACAGAUCCAGAGGACGAUCCGGUGCAAUAUGGUCUGACUUUUGAGAAGGGCUCCAAAGAAUAUUUUAGGGUGGAGUCCAAGUCAGGAAACGUGACUCUAGUUCAGGAGCUCGACAGAGAGGCACAAGAUGAGGUCUCAGUGCUCGUGAGCAUAACAGACGGGCGCAAUAAAGUUGUUGAGACAGUUAGAGUGUUUGUAACUGAUGCAAAUGAUGAACCACCUGAAUUUCAAAACCUGCCUUUCAUCAUCAACAUCCCAGAGGACACUGCAGCUGGGAGCAGCAUCUACAGAGUCCAAGCAGUGGAUAGAGAUAUGGGCUCAGGAGGCAGCGUCUCUUAUUACCUACAGAGCUCAGCUGUUGCCAAGUUUACCAUCGACGGGCACAGCGGGGUCCUGAGAGUCAAACCUGGGGAGACUUUGGAUUACGAAAACACGCCCACGCACUUUGUGACCGUGGUUGCAAAGGAUGGAGGGGGAAAGUACAAGGGGAAGCACCAGGUUUUGACCUCCACUGCCACCAUGACCAUCAAUGUGCUCGAUGUGCAGGACAUGCCUCCGUCCUUCGUAGGAACCCCUUACUUUGGCUACGUCUACGAAGUCUCAAUUGCUGGUUCUGAGAUUUUCACUGUGUACGCUAAAGAUGGAGAUCAAGGCAACCCGAAUCCGAUACAUUAUUCCAUUAUGAACGGCAGUGAUAGUGUCUUCGACAUAAACAGCACCAGUGGAUGCAUCACCCUGACAACUAAUCCAAAUCUACUGUCAAAGGAAUUAUAUGAAAUAAUAGUCAAGGCGUCUGAGUUAGGACCAGACAAUCGACUUCAGGAAUAUGACGUUACCAUGGUGACGGUCCGGGUGGUGGAUCUCAACAACCAUCCUCCGACUUUUUAUGGAGAGAACGGACCUCAGAUAAAGUUUGAGGUCACCAUGUACGAGCAUCCUCCUGCAGGGGAGAUCCUCCGAGGCUUCAAGAUCACUGUCAAUGACUCAGAUCAGGGAGCUAACGCUAAGUUCAGACUGAGGCUGGUGGGGCCGAGUCGAGUGCUGCGAGUCGUUCCCCAGACGGUCCUCAAUGAAGCGCAGGUGACCAUCAUUGUGGAAGACACAUCUGGCAUCGACUAUGAAAAGGGACCAACCCUUUCUUUCAAGCUGCUAGCGGUGGAGAUCGACACGCCUGAGCGGUUCAGUGCAACAGCUGACAUAGUAAUCAACCUGCUGGACACCAACGACAACGUCCCCAAAUUCACGUCCGAGUAUUACAUCACCAGAGUCGCUGAGAACUCACCUGGAGGCUCCAGCGUUGUGUCUGUGACAGCAAAUGAUCCAGAUUCAGGGCCCUGGGGUGAAGUCAAAUACACGAUUUAUGGAUCAGGAUCAGAUUUGUUCUCCAUCCACCCGGCGACAGGCCUCAUCUCCACGCAGCCCUGGACCAGCCUGGACGCAGAGGUCAGGUCCAAAUACAACUUCUACGUCAAGGCUGAAGAUUCGGAGGGGAAGUACAGCUUGGCGGAAACCUUUGUCACGGUGCUCGACAUAAACGACCACUCUCCAUCGUUUGAUGAAAGACUCCUGGAAAAGACCAUGAUAAUUGGUACACCAGUCAAAGUGGAGGCAGUGGAUGAAGAUGCAGAGUCUCCGAACAACGUCAUCGAGUACUCCAUCAUGAUGGCAGAUCCCGACAACGCGUUUGACAUCAAUGCAGACACAGGAGAGAUCCAGCUGAAGCCGUACAUCAAGUCCAUGGAGAUUGUGCAGAACAUCACCAAGCAGAAGGACUGCAAGUGGUCUCUGGUGGUCCAGGCCAGGGACCGAGGCUCUCCAUCCUUCAGCACAACGACCGUUGUCAACAUCGAUAUCACUGAGGCGACUCCUCUCAAGGGGCCUAUGGCGGCCUUUUUAAUGAAAAGUAGGGACAAUCCAAUGAGAGCUCUAGGCAUGGUAAUUGUUGUCAUUAGCUUAAUGGUAGGGGUGACUGUCUUGAUCUCUACAGUUAUGUUCAUGCGCAACUUAAAGUCAAACAGGAUCCUGCCAGCACGACGCAUCAUUAAGAGGCGAACCAGGAACCAGAAGCCCUGGAUCUUCAAAUCACCUGUUGUCAAAUUCAAUAACCCUGAUGAGUUGCUCAUAGUCAACCAAGAUAGAAAAACCAACAGCCCCCGACUGAGGCCUCCACCCCCCUGCGCUCCUCCGCCCCCGUGUAACACACGGUCCAAUGAGAGGCCUUGGGCGGUCCCGACAGUAUCUGGUGUGCUGGCGUCGAAAGGCUCCAUGAAAAAAGCGAAAUAUUGCCAGCUCAAAGAGGGAAAUUUCAGCUCUGCUUUGGUGUCAGAACUUAAAAUGAGGCUUGAGCAGAAAAUAGUUGAGAGCAACCAAAGUAAUUAUUAACUUUGUCAAACAAGCGCCCAGUUUGAGGUGCUGUAACUACUGUCACUCUCUACUGCCCGGAAGUUGUCUCCGGCAUGUGAUGAUCUAUUAGGGCGGGCCUACCUGUAGAUCAUUCAUGACUGAAUGGUAAGAGAAGUGUAACAAGAAGAUUUACAGAUAUUUACGUCUUGAGAUGAGGUAUUAAACAAGUGGGCAUCAUCAGUCUCAAGAGAGCUGUAGUGUGUGUCUGGUAGUGGGACAUAACUCACCACACUGCCAUCUUGAGGAAGAUUUAAUCGUCUCAACAGUAAGAAGCACCAGGAAGAGGAUUACUUAGACUCAAUCUGUAUACAUUAGUUGCAUCUCUCUCUGAAAAGAUGAAUUGAUUGUGUUUUAAACACAGAUUUAGGAUUUAACUGAAAAAAUCCUUGAACAUUUUUUUUUCUUGCUCACUAGAGCGUGCAGCUGAACGACACGGUCAGAAAUGACACUGCUUCUUAUUAAGUGCUAAAUGACCUGUUAGUUCAUGUUUUAACUGUUUUACAUCAGCUGUCUGAAAGCUGAGAGGUUGCUAUGUAUGUAUGAUUACAAUGUGCCACUGUAGGUUUUCAAAGUAAACAGCUAACAAUGUAAUGUUAUUCUUUUGAGUGUGUAAUUCUAGAAAAAUGCUUUUAUAUCAAUGACAUUUGAAAUGUACAUAUGCAUAUAUGACAAGAUACAAACAUGUCUCUGUUGUAUUUUGCAGCAAUACAUAACAUACAAGUAAAUCGUAAAAAUGAAACCAUCCAACUUCGCAAGAUUUUUAAGAAUAGAUAACUAUGUACAUAACAUGCUUGGGCAUUUCUUUUGUAUAUAUAUAGAUAUAGAAAUAAAAAGUCUAUGUUGAACAUUUAGGUAUUACUUUCCAUGUUUCUCUUCAAUGCCUUCAAAUGUAGGCAAAUAAAAUACAUUUAAUUGCUGUAACCCAUACCUUGUGUCUGACUAUAUCUUUCAUUUUAAAUAUCUUGAAGAUAAACAGUAUAUAUCUUCAGUAUAAAUAACACUUGCCUGGUCCUUUGAAGUAACAUUUGUACC